AUGGUAGCUAAAUCUAAUCUAAUUAUAUUGAUUAGAUUAGUUAUCUACAGUUAUCAAUCUACCGCCACUACUAGCACUUAUACUAACAACAAUGAUGAUGAUAAUGGACUACUUGUUGCUACGACAUCGGGUAUUGUUAAGGGACAUCCCAUACCAGAUAUAGGUGUUAACGAAUAUCUGGGUAUACCGUAUGCCGAACCGCCAAUCGGUAAACUACGGUUUGCCCGACCGGUUCCACUAAGACGUCCUGAAAAAGAAAUUAUUGAAAUAAAAACUAAACACGAUGGUGUAUGGUGCAUUCAAAACGUCCACAAAAUUUUAAGUAUAUUUGAAAAUUUUAAAGAAAAUGAGGACUGUCUACAUUUAAACAUAUGGGCGCCCAAACGGGUAUAUCUGCAAAGUAGGCGACCCUUUAAAAAAUUAAAGCCUGUUGUGAUCAUCCUAUUUCCCGGUGGAUUUAGCUACGGUUCAGCAUAUAGUGAACAAACCAAUGGCAGUAUUUUAGCCACUUAUGGCAUUGUAGCCGUUGCUAUGAACUAUCGUAUCGGACCGUUAGGCAUGUAUAUGCUGGACGACGAUUCAGGUCCGGGCAAUGUUGGAUUUUAUGACCAAAAUUUGGCGUUUAAAUGGGUCCAGCAAAACAUACAUUCAUUCGGUGGUGAUCCCAAUACUGUAACCAUUUACGGUGUUAGCGCCGGUAGUUACUCAGUGUCCACACACAUUGUGUCGCCGUUAUCUAGAGGUUUGUUUAAGCGGGCAAUUAUGAGCAGCGGUGCUCUUAUCUGGAAUAAAAAUAAACCAGUUUUGUCUAAAAAAGCGGCCAUGAAUUUAACAAGAAAACUGGCCAUAAAUAACAACUGUCCACUAGACAAACCAAUAGCUCCGUGUUUACGGGCCGUUAAAAAUACGGAUAAUCUAUUGGAAACUAACAAUGCCUUUGAAUUUACGGUUCCCAUUGAAAGCACAGAAUUUUUUCCACAACUAUUUAAUAAAGCGUUAAAAUCUUUUAAUUAUAAUAAAGAUAUCGAGGUGAUGGCCGGCAACGCACACGAUGAGGGACCGGCUAUUUCGGUCGUAACGUUUCCCGAUAUACUAUUACCGGACAUAUCGAUAGAAAAUUUUCGCCAAUUGUUGGAAAAGAUGAAUGCCCAGCACCAUGAUUUCGAUAUCGACAAAAUUAUCAAACAUUAUACAUCAGAUAUCGACACAUCCAAACAUAACCAGAAUCGCCGUCGAUUUACCGAAAUCUACGGCGAUAUACUCAUGCGUUGUCCGACCUAUACGUUUGCCAAACAUUUGGCUAUGAAUGGGGAACGGGUUUAUUAUUAUGAUUUCAAUUAUUAUUCCGAAAAUAAUCCCACUUUAUGGUUAUUGGAAAAAACUGGUUUAGAGCUUAGGGGUAGCCAACACGGCAUGGAUGGCGACUUUCAUACCGGUGUUCCGCUCAGAUAUCCAGAUAAAUAUAGCGAAGUUGACAAAAAUUUUACCCAAUAUGUUAUGGAAAUUUGGACUAAUUUUAUUAAAUAUGGUUAUCCGGGCGAUGAUUGGCCAGUUAUGUUGGAUCCGAGAAAACCAAAUGAGCCGACAAUAGUCAAAGAUAUCAAUCUUAAGGAUAGAUCUCAUCUAUUAGUCAAUCCAUACGCCGACUCAUGUGAAGGUAUUUGGAAAGAUUACUUUUGGUAG